UGAUUCCAGUAUUCUAAUAUCAGAAGUGUGGUAUUAUUUUCAAAAAACAUUUAAUGAAAGUGGUUUGGAGGUAUAUCAGUUAUAUCAGUUGAUAGAAAUACCACUAAUUCAACGAUCAGAUGCUGAAAAAAAUGCAGAAAAAAGUUAUCAAAUUAUAAAUAAAUUGUUUAAAAGAACUAAGGAUCAAUAUUAUCAAUUGAUCGAAAAAAAUAUUGAUGAAGCAAUGAAAUUUAGAGAAGUUAUUAGAACUU